GUCUGCGCCAAGGGGCAAGGGAGGGCGGUGGCCGGGUCCGCGGCCAGGCACUGCAGGUCCCUCCCGCGCCCAGCGCUCCCGUCAUGUGGUUCCAUACCCCCCGGACUCAUUUCCAAAAAAGCAUUUCCUCCUGCUGCGGUUGGGUGUAAAAGGCUGUCUGGGGAGGGCUGGCGCUCACUCACCACGCGUCGCGUGCUGCUGACGGCAGCCGUGGGGUGCCGGGGCACCCUGCCCGGGCACGGAGCUGCCCCGACACCCCGCUGCACCUGCUGGCCCCUCACCGCCCCGGCAUGACCCAGCCGCAUCGGCCACAAGGAUGAAGUGUUGCUGCCCUGGGGUGGCUUGGGUGACCUUGGCAGCGCUGUGGCUGGCAGCCAGCGAAUCGCAGCCCCCGGGGUGGCGGGACCGGGCUGUGCUGCAAAGGCAGCGGGUCCCGGUGCAGCCACUCCUCCGCCUGCGGAGACAUACCCACCGACGCCAGUGCCCUGACAGCAUGAACUGGAUCGAGACUGCUGGCCGCUGCUGCCAUCCAUGUCCCGCAGGGACAUUCCUGUACGAGGCCUGCACAAGCCCUGAGAAUCGGAGCGUGUGCCGCCCCUGUCCCGCCGGCACCUUCCGCGCCCAGCCCAACACCCUCAGAGAGUGCCAGGCUUGCUACGAGUGUGACCAACACGCCUUCCAGACUGUGCUGAGCAACUGCUCGGCCACCAGAAACAUCGCCUGUGGCUGCGAGCCCGGCCGAUUCCGUGUCUGCCUCGACAAGCAGUGCAGCGAAUUCUCUUGCCAGAAGUGCCAGUCCUGCACUGGACGCCUCAUCCAGCAACCCUGCUCAGAGGCGCAGGACACACUUUGUGACAGCAGCUGCAAGCCUGACUUCUACAGAGAGGGUGAUGGAUGCCGGCCAUGUGGCACGCGCACUGUGGACACGUGUGGCAAAGAGUGCCAGCAAGUGUGCGGCAGCAAAAAACAAGGCUCAGGUCUGGAGUACAUCCUGCUGGGACUCGCCGGGCCUCUCUUCCUGGGUGCCCUGGCCAUCUACCACAAGAGGAAGAGGUUCUGGCCUGAUGCUUCGGAACGUGGUCCCCACCCCAUGGCACAGCCUGCCAUCCCCAUGCCCAGGGCUGCAGCCACACCCCGGUGCUGGUUCAAUGCCGGGAGCUGGCACAACCCGUGCUGGACCCAGCCAUGCCCCCCGCAGGGGACAGAGCGUGCCGCUGGCACAGCAAAGAGCCUCAGCCAGGCCUUGCUGCGUGAGCCACCCAGUGACGAGGGGGAGCCCUGUGCUCCCCCGGAGCCCCGCGGUGCCUUGCUGCAGGGCAGCCAGCUCUACGCCGUCAUCGACGCGGUGCCGGUGCGGCGCUGGAAGGAGUUCAUGCGGAUGCUGGAGCUGCGGGAGGCAGAGAUUGAGCUGGUGGAGCUGGAGGUGGUCCACAUCCGCGACCAGCAGUACGAGAUGCUGAAGCGCUGGUGCCAGCAGACCAGUGCCACACUGGACCACGUCUUUGCCGCCCUGGAGCGCAUGGAGCUGGCCGGCUGUGCUGAGGCACUGCGCCAGAGUCUGCCCGUGGGACCCUGAUCCCCAGCGUCAGCACCCUGGCACAGGGAGGUCCCGACGCCUCC